GGAAUGCAGGGGGGUGAGGUGACUUGUCAAGUCGCGAGACAAGAGUGUCAACAAAUCCGAUUCACAAUGAAGCUUGAAGCGAUCAGCUAACAUCGUCCGAUUCUCCUCCUUAAAUUAUGGAAUUACUAUAGUGGUUGUUAUCAGUGUGUUUACAGCGAAGCUCAACUUACUGUUUGAAUAGUGUUACAGCCAUGGCAUCCCUAGCACUGUGCAGACAAGCAUUUCGUGGGUGUCGCAAAUCCACUCUUUCUAAGGUUCCUGACAACUGUCAACUCCUUAUCAGCUGCAGAAAUUUCAGCACUGCUAAAAAGCCAUCUUUUGGACUCCUUUUUGAUAUUGAUGGAGUCUUGGUCAGAGGAAAGCGGGUACUGCCCUUUGCACCAGAAUGCUUCAGAAAGCUCAUUGAUCCGAAAACAAAGAAAUUCCGUAUCCCGACCGUUUUUGUCACCAAUGCAGGGAACGGAUUAUGCAAAUCAAAGGCAGAACAGCUGUCAAAUUGGUUAGAAGUAGAGGUAACAGAAGACAGAGUUGUAAUGGCACACACCCCAUUCAAAGUUUUCGAAGAAUUUCAUGAUAAAGUUGUUUUGGUGUCCGGCCAAGGUCCACUGAAUGAAAUUGCAACGAACUUGGGUUUCAAGAAAAUUGUCACAAUUGAUGACCUAAGGAAAGCAUAUCCUCAGUUGGAUGCUGUCGAUCAUAAACGAAGAGCUUCCAUGACCGAAAAAAUUGACCCCAAUUUUCCUGCCGUUGAAGUGGUAUUUUUACUCGGAGAGCCAGUGAGAUGGGAAACAACACUGCAACUAGUCAUCGAUCUUCUCUUAACAAAUGGCGUGCCACGCAAGUUACCAGAUGAGUUACCAUAUCCUCACAUACCUGUAUUAGCUUGUAACAUGGAUUUGCAAUGGAUGGCCGAAGCUGCAAUACCUCGGUUUGGACAUGGAGCAUUUUUAUUGUGUCUGGAAAGUCUGUAUCACAAAAUCACGGGAAAGCAAUUGAUCUACAACACGCUCCUGGGAAAGCCAAGCGAGAUCACGUAUCAGUAUGCUCAUAAGUUACUCUUAGAACAAGCCAAAGACCUUGGUGUAGAACGGAUGAAUCAUAUAUAUUGUAUAGGAGAUAACGUCAAUACGGACAUUUAUGGUGCAAAUUUAUACAAUGAAUUCCUGACAAGUUUAAGGGACAGGAAGCCAAACAAAAGAGUUCAAGACAUGAUUUUAGCCAAAGAUAAAUUUGACUCUAGUGCUCUUGUCAAAUCAAUUGAUUCCUGCCACAGUAUUCUAGUGAAAACUGGUGUUUUCUCCAAUGAAAUCUUGAAAGACUCACCAGAUCAUUCGCAGCGUGAUUUCUUAAUGAUCGGUGAUCAUUUAAGGGAAGCACACUCUGUCAUUGACAACGUCAACAUUGCAAUCGAUGAGAUCUUCCGGCGUGAAAACUUCAGUUAAUCUCAGAUGUGAUAUACGAGUAGUGAACCGAACUUUAAAGAAAUGCUAUUUUCUUACUUGUUGAAUAUUAAUAGCUAGUAAGCAAAUGUACCUGAUUAAUUUUUACCCAUCUCUGCGAGCAGCUGUAGUUGGAUGGAAUCAUUGCUAUUCUAUCUAAGAGCAUAAGAAAUACCCAUGGAGCUUGUCACCUUGCACAUCUCUCCUACCCAAUUCAGCACAGAGUUAGUGACUGAGGCAUAAGUUGGCCCUUCCAUCCAGCAGCACCGUCAAAAAUUCCUGUCAAUAAUUUGCUCUUGGUUGAAAAUGCUGCCAUAAAAACAAUUUAUCCCCCAAAAACAGGGAUAUUUGAAUGAAAGUAUGGUGGAAUCAAAGAAUUAGCCUAAAUGCCUUUUCACUUUAAAAUUUAGGUAUAGCCGAGAGGGGAAUUUUGAGUGAAUCAUUUUUUUCUGAAGAGAGCCGUCUCCAAUGUUUGUAGUUCUUUACGGGUUAUCAGGGCUAGAAUUAAUCUUUUUACAAGUCUCAAUUGUUAUGAAUUCCUCCCGUUUACUUCGAAACAGAAAGCGGACAGAAAAACAACUUCGAUUUGCACAGUUGUAAAAAAUUACUAUAUCUCUUUCAUUUUUCAUCAAAAAUUUGGCACUUGAAGUACCCUUGUUUGGAAAAAAACUGAAUUAACGUUAUGGGAGGGUGUAUUUAUUUGUUGUUUCAAGGAGAAAGUAAAUUAAAUCAAUUUAAAGACUAGAAGUGCAAGGCUGUCUGAAUGCAAGUUUGUUCCUUUGCCCUGAAACAAAGCAAAAUAAUGUAUGUAAAUUUAAGGAAACUUGAUGUUAUGAAUAUUCCAUCCAGCGCUAGUCGUCAAAUAUCAUCUAUGUAGCUUCAUUCUCGUAAUUUUAAAGAGAACCUAUUCCCUCUUCUUAACCUUAAUGUCGUAGGUUAGUUCAGUGUCUAUGUGGCAUCAAAGCAGUUCGAGGUACAACUCAUAAAUUAAAUAUAAAAUUUUAAGUCUACAACAUAGUUGAACAUAUAUUUACUCCUAGGCUCUGAAAUUAAUUCUGAGAAGAAUAGCGCAAUUGUUCCCAGUUGCAUCAGAGCUCUGUUAAACGGUAGGUAGAAUAGAUUGCAGAAGUUCAUCCCCAUAGUAUAAAAAACUAAGCAGUGGCAAGGUGUGCUUUGCAAUGUAUCAAUGGAUCUGCCAUUUAAAGCUUUGGGAAAGGAUCAAUAAACAGAGUGUUUGCAACGAACACCUUAAUAAUCGAUUCUUUACCAUAGCUUCAAAUAGGGAUGUAUCAAUAUUCGAUCAUUCACGCCAUGUCACAGAAACAAUGGUAAUAUUACUCCAUUUGUCGAUUUAUUUAAGUCUUUAUGAUGCAUAAGCUCAAAUGUUAGAUGUUUAUUUUUAUAUUUUAGCUUAUUUAUUGUAAAGGAAUUUAACAAUACUAUUAGCAUCAGCGCAUGGUUUGAAUGGGAAUAAUCCGGAAUUGAUUUGCGAAGAGCAAUUUUUAAGCUGAGUUUUUAAUCUUCGGAAACUUCAUAACAACUCAACAAGUAAGAAAGUAAUUGACAGAGGGAGAAAUAAGGGCAUGUGAUUAACAGAGAAAAAAAGAAUUUUUGCUGUUUUUAUCCACUGUAUUUGUAGCCUUUAAAAAAAAAGCAUUCGGAAAAAUCUUGAUCUUAUAAAUUUGAUCAUCUCCUCAUUUUCUCUCUUUCUUUCCCCCUCUCUUAGAAGAAGUUCCAUUUGUGUUCUUAAGUUAAUUGGAUGAAGUCAUUAAAUUUUUUUCUCUUUAUAUCAGUGCCCAGCAAUCGGUGCCAAAUUUUUUUUUAAGGCUAUGAAGACUUUCAAAAAUUGUUGGAUUCUUUUUUUAUUUGGUAACCUGUUAUUUCUUAUCCUGCUGUAUUGUCUCUCCUACCGUCAUUUUCAGGGGCACAGAUUUCUGUGAUUCACAGCUAGCGUCUCUAUCUUUAACUAAAUGUAAGAAAAAGAUAUGUUAAGUUUCAUCAGUCAAAAUUGCAGACUGUGAUAUGAGACCACAAGGAAGUAACAUAAGUUGGCAAGGAGCAGUUAGCUUCCUAGAACUUUUUAUUUGAACUUUCCAUUUCAAUUUUUUAAGUUCGACAGUAUUUCAAAUCUGCCCUAUUUAAUCUUGAAUCUAAAUAUCUUCAACUGAGCUCUGUGAGCCAGAAAGUAACCCCUGUCACAUUCUCUCAUUAUCGAUCAUGUAGGUAACCAAAAAAUUUUGAAGGCAUACAUUUUUCUCAUUUUCCUCUUGUACGCUAAAUCUUCCUCUAAUCGUCGAAAGUUAUUAUUAAUUUUGUAUAUUCACUUGUUAUUGUUGAAUUGAGUCAUUAUCUUGUUGUUUUUUAAAAAAACCAUGGUUGAAAUGUCAAACAUUUCAUUUCCGUCAUUGUAGGCCUAGCUGGAUGUAAUGACCUACUGGAUGUAUUGAUCAUCAGUAUUUUUAAAAUACAAUUGCUAGACGGCGAAACAAUGGAAACAACUAAAAAUGCUAUUCAUGCGAAGAAGAAGAAAGCACUAAAACUAUUGCAAUCCAACACUUUCUGAAUUUAUUUAUUUGGUGUCCUCAAAAAACACAAUAUUCCUUUGUUGGGUGAUAUUUUUGCAUUUUUCAAAGAGAUUUUGAAUAGAAAUUCUGCGUCUAAAAUCGAUACUAAAAAUUAAAAUAUUCAUUUCCUGUUCUGUGUGUCUGCAAAUGAGAGCAGCAGAAAUUCAAAGAGCACCCACAUCAUCGUGUGGCUGCCAAGGAAAGUGGUGUGGUCUUAGUUUUAGUGCCUUCUUUAGUAAUCUGUAUACUUGUAAUGUGUAACUAUAUCAGCAACAACUGUGUUUGGAGUGUGCCUGAAUUUUCACAGUACACUCUUGAUAAACAUCAUAAGCUUUACUCAUAAGAGUGGGUGUAAUUGUAGUAGAGUUAGAACAACUUGGAAGAGGGUAAAAAUGAUACUGAAUAGCAACGGUAUCUAUAAAGUCAGUAUUUAUAAAAUACUGCACUGCCAGUAAUGGUUAUUAUGUACGUUUAUGUUAAUUAAAAUUAAAAUGUAUACGUUUGUGAUAGCUUUCAUUUCCAUAAUGAGGUUCUUUUGGAUGAGUUCAACCAAAAUCAGCGGAACCACAUAAGAUGUUGCCUAAUUUUCUCCUAUGCUUUAUUUCUUGAAUAGCAAACUGAGCAACACUGCAACUUGAAAUUUUCUGUGUUCACUUCUUAUAAUCUAGGGGGAAUUCACAGAAUUUAAAAGUACUAAGUCGUUUAGUUCUCUGUCAAAAAAAUAAAAAUGAGAGAAAAUUAAUCAAUGUGAAAUUUUGUUCGGUUUAUUUCGGUUAAAUCCGUCCAUUUCUACUUAGUGAUGCACAACAUGCAAAGAAAUGAAGCUCUAGUUAAUUUUUAUGAAGGUUCUAAAAAUUCCCAUCUUCACAGUCGGUUUUUUACAUCAUCAGUAUUGAUCAAAAACUGCAGAAGCCGUCACAAAAAAAUGAACAUAUUCAUCAUUGAUUUUUACCUGUUUUGAGCUGAAGUUCGUAACAAGGAAGAACGAGCAAUUGAAUGGAAUCACAGCAUGAAUUUAUUUAAGUGGUUUCUUUUACUUCGAUAUUCAUCCUUUGAAACAGGAAUUACCUUGCCAAAAUUGUAGGUUUUAGUUCCAUACAUUUUUUUUGUUCCCUAUCUUCUACCUCUUGCCCGGUAGGUUUUUCCUGCUGUCAGAGACAUCAAUCUGAAAUCUUUACAGGAAAUUUCUUGGUCCAAGAUAGCUCUUCUUGUCCUACCAAACACUUAUCAAAAUCUAGCACUGUCAAAUAACUUGCUUUGAUAAAAAAUGGUGUUUUUCUCUUAAGGCAAGAAAAUGAAUCUUGAGGUUAUGAGAGACAACGAGAACUUGCAAGUAAUGUAUUGUAGAUCAUAAUGCAGCAUAGUCUUUCAUUUACGGAGAAAAUAUUCUCUUGCUUCUUGUAAAUUGUUUUCCCACCAGAAAUGAUUGUACUUUUUCUUAAUUGUUAUUCAGUUCUAAGUUUUGGAAAAUAAACUUGACAUAUGUAACUAUUUGUAACUUAUUAUUUGUUACUUUGUAAAUAUGUGCGCUCAUCUGUUUUGCAGAAGAAAUUUCUGCAAGGUCAGGGAGUGAAAUCAAUGAUGGAAUUCUUAUCGAAGUAAAAAAGACAAUAUUACAAUAUUUUGAACAAAA